AUGCUGCACAGUCCCCCGUCCGAAGACGGGGUCGUAUGCUUCUUUGACUGCCGCAUACCUGACGAAGACGACGCAAUCGAGAGCAUUUUGAACGUUGAAAGUGCAGUCACAACCGUCGGCUUUUUGGUCCUUAAAGAGAAAACAUUGUUUGUCUCACAGGCACUGAAACGCUUGUAUUGCCAACUCGACUGA